AUGGAAGACGUUACCCUGUACCCGAUUUACAUGGCUGAUGAAACAUUCCGAUUUACUCUAUGGGUUGGAGGUAGGUUUGUUCGUGAUAGAAAAGUAGAGUAUGUUGAUGGUCAUAGUAGUGAGUGGCUUUAUGAUCCAAACAAGCUGAGCUACUUUGAGAUUUUGCACUUGUUACAAGAUAUGGGUUACUCUAAUAUUGAGAAAUUCUACUAUUUAAUGCCAGCUGGAGAUAAUAAGACAAACUUGUUUACAGUGAAAACUUUCAAGGAUGAGCACACGUGCUCUUGGUCUUUUCAAGUGAGGAGGUUUACAUCUACGUACAUGGUGAAACAUUAUCUAAGCUUAUGGAGGGCAUCUCCUUCAAUGAAGUUGCAGGAGUUCAAGAAAAUUGUGCGAGAGCAAAGAAGCUUAGAUGUCACUAUAAGCCAAUGUAGAAGGACUAAGCGAAGGGUAAUCGAAAAACUAAACGGGAUGUACUCCUAUGAGUUCACUAGUGAGAAAGGGAUUCUUGAAGGUUGCAGACCUUUAAAAGGGUUGUAUGGAUGUUUCUUAAAAGGAAUGUUGAAGGGUGAGUUAUUGAUUGUUGUGGGGAGGGAUGCAAAUAAUCAAAUGUACCCUAUCGCAUGGGCCGUUGUUGAGGUCGAGAAUAAGGAUUCAUGGGGCUGGUUUGCAAAGGCCUUGAAGAAUGAUCUUGGCACAAAGGAUGGUGUAGGAUACACAACGAUCUCAGAUCAUCAGAAGGUACUAGAGGAGGAGAUGUCAUCGGCUGAGCACCGACGAUGUGCAAGACAUAUCUAUGCAAAUUGGCGCAAGAAGAAUGGGGGAAACGAUUGUCGCAAGCAAUUUUGGAUGUGUGCAAAGUCAACUACAAUCCUGCAAUUUAAAAAACAGCUCGAGGAAUUGGAUAAGAUGAGCAAGAUAGGAAAGGCUGAUUUGAUGAGGAUUGCUCCAAAAUAUUGGUGCAAGGCUCACUUUAAAACUAUAUGCAAGUCAGAUAUUGUAGAUAAUAACUUGUCAGAAGCAUUUAAUGGAUCGAUAUUGGAAGCUAGACACAUGUCUAUCAUAUCUAUGCUUGAGGAUAUUAGAGAGAAGAUAGUGACAAGAAUGCGUGAAAAAAGAGAUGCAUGUCAAAGAUGGAAAAGGGACAUUGCGCCAAGGAUAUUAGAGAAGAUAGAAGGCAAUAAAAAAGAAAGUGCCUUUUGUCAUGUGCUUUGGAAUGGAGAAGAUGGAUUUGAAGUACGCCAUAGGAAUGAUAAAUUUGUAGUGGACAUAAAAAACAACUCUUGUUCUUGUAGGGCAUGGGACUUGAGUGGGAUUCUAUGCCCUCAUGCAAUCUGUGUCAUACUAUUCAAAGGGGAGGAGGUAGAAACUUUUGUCGCCCACCGGUAUAAGAAGGAUACCUAUUUAAAGACAUACAUUUACUAUUUGGAAGUAAUGAAUGGCGAUAACCUGUGGCCUUCUAAUGAUAGAGAACCUUUGGUGGCACCAAUGCCUCGGGUUAUGCCUGCAAAAGGCGGACAUUAUGAAAAAGAAACAAGAAGAACGGAACAAGCCAUUGAGCAUUUGAACGAUAUUGGAAGUGUUGGAUCAACAAGAUCUCCAAGAAAGAGGAAAAUUUACCAGAAGUAG